GGUACACCUGCACACACACAUACACACAUAGGAAUGAGAUGUGGAGUGUUGCUAUGAAGGAGGUGGAUUUCAAUGAAGGACAGCGCAGCAGAGACAACUGGAGUGGAGGAGGGGGAGUCACACACACUGGGACAAGAACAUGACUUGAAGAUGAGUUGUCCACAGACUGAGUUAGAGGACGAGUGUCCUCCCCCAGAGGAACUAGAAUGUAAAAUCUGUUACCAACGCUACAAUGCCAACAACCGCAAGCCUAAGAUCCUGGACUGCCUGCACCGGGUCUGCGCCCGCUGCCUCAUUAAGAUCUUGGACAUUGCCGACGGGGCAGGCUUCAUUUCCUGCCCCUUCUGCAGACACCAAACCGAGAUCACAGAGUAUGAGAUAUCAGCCCUCCCUGAUGAUGCCAUCAUCAUGUCCCAUUUGGCAAUGCGGGACAAAUCCUGGAGCUCCGACCACAAUAGGGAGGUGGUCCUGACUCCAACGAGUUUCUCCUCCUCCAGCCCGUCUCACGACUCCUCCAACUGCCUGGUCAUCACUAUAAUGGAGGUGCAGAGGGACUUGCAGCACUCGCCAAGCCAAAAUGGCAGCUCUGACGUCUAUGCUGAGCAGAGCCUGGACUCUGUAUCGAUGGGCUCCAAUGGGCCGGCUGAUCAGGACGCCCUGUCCAAGUUCUGUAAUCAUGUCCCACGCAUCCUGGUCUGGCUGCUGGGUUUCUUGUACUUUGGAUCACUGCCUCUAGGAAUCUACUUGUUGGUGAUCCAAAGAGUGACGCUGGGCAUUGUGUGCGUUAGCUUGGUUCCAUCAAGCCUGACAGUUUGCCUGGUCUACGGGUUCUGCCAGUGUCUAUGCCAGGGCAUGUGUGACUGCUCCUCCAGGGGCUGAUAGGACACUAUCCAAAAACUGGUGGUGUGAGGUUGGGUCAAAGUCAGCUGCAGUAAACAGGUAUUUGAUGUGUUUUGUGAAUAGAUGGUGGGCCAGGGGUAAAGAUGAUGACCUCUCUUACACAGACUUUGCAAGUCUACCUGUUUAUUAUCUUCAUGCAAAUAAUGGGCCAGCAAAGAAACCUCUAGCAUUGGUCCGUCCUUUUGUUAGGCCAGCCGGUUUGACCAGUUUGGCCCACCAGGAACAGAGCCCCUGACAAGGUGUGUUAGUCGGAGCAGCGCCUACAUUUCUGUAAUGUAUUUCUGUAACCUUAAUUUGUUCGGUGUUGUGUGUAUGACCUAGCCUAACAUCACAUUUGGGAGCAGACUUUUAAUCUUUGACUUGCAUAUCGACAGCUCUGAUAGAGUCCUGGGCCCUCAUUUAUCAACGCCGUGUACCCAACAAAAAUCUUGCACGCAAUCGUCUGAAUAUUUACUACUCUCAGGAUGUUUUUAAGUUAAUUAACAAUUGCAUUUAAGCAUGAUUGAUUGACUUUCUUAAUUUCCAUGUCUUACACACAACAUGCUCGAGCCUCAUGGAUUUACAAGACACCAAAAGUGCAGUUGCACUGGUCAAACAUUUCAUUAUAUUUCAUUUCAUUACAUAUUUACUUGUUGUUUUACAGCUCAGUCUGAAACAAAAUAUUCCGCUCUCUCUUCUGAAGCACAAGUAAGGUUUUUCAUAAUCACCCAGCCAAACAAAAUCAACGUAAAUGGAUGUCAUUUUCACAUAAAGCACAUCCCACAUGUCCUUACAAAUAGAACAACAAAACAAAAAAAUGAAACUCAAUUUCACCUAGCUCACAUAUGACUGGACAAUUGCAGGUACAAACAGUGUUGUGGCUAUUUUUGGAUACCAGUUAAACUUAAAUGCACCUCUUAGGCACUAAUUAACAAUAAAAAUACUGCAAAUGUUUCUUUUUUUCCCACAAAUUUUUUUGUUAGUGUUCAUCCCAUCUACAAGACAGCAUUCGUGGAGGCACUACAUGUUACCAAGUAAAAGGUAUUUCAAAGAUGAACACAUAUAAAUUAUGAUACUGGUCUUUCUAUCAGCUCUAAAAAGCGUGUGGAUUGUUUGUUGUAUUUUUUGUCGCCUAUUUUACUGCCACAGCAAUGGCUUUGGGCACAGGUCUGAUGAGGUUGUUAGUAUUGCUUACUAAAUGUGCCCCCCUGUUGUCUCCCUAUCUUUCUUUGCCUCAAAUGCAGACAAUGCUACUCACAGUUGUUGUGUUAAAUAGAUUUAGUUAAUGUGAGGCAUAAACCAGAUUCAUAUCUCAGGUUUUUUGAUACUCUUUUAGUGAUACGCAACAAACUUUUCAUUGAGUUCCUUCUUGGGUUGAACAUAGCAAGGUUGCUCUGUUGAAUUUUGUGGUACCGGUUGUUAAAAGCUAACUUGCCUUGAUGUGGGAGUCCUCAUGCUGUUAGUCACA